AUGGAGCCCAACAGCCCUAAAAAAAUACAGUUUGCUGUGCCACUGUUUCAGAGUCAAAUAGAUCCUGAGGCAGCUGAGCAGAUCAGGAAAAGAAGGCCUACACCAGCAUCGCUCGUCAUCAUGAACGAACAUGUGCCCCCAGAAAAAGAUGAGAAGAGAACAAACAUCUCACAGGCAGAGUCCCAGAGUGCCUCUCCCAAGCAAAGGAAGCAGAGCGUCUUCACCCCGCCUGCCCUCAAAGGUACUGUGCAGGCAGCUGUGAAAAGGAGAAUAGCCAAAGUUGUGGGCUGGGUAUCUGAUCAUAGGAAGUGUGAAGCCUUUCUUGUGAAGACAAGGGGAAAUGAGAAAUCUUG